AUGGCUCCCCGUGUCUGCACCAAGACCUACAAGGUCCCCCGUCGUCCCUUCGAGUCGGCCCGUCUUGACUCGGAACUCAAGGUUGUCGGCGAGUACGGUCUCCGCAACAAGCGUGAGGUCUGGCGUGUCCAGCUUACUCUGUCUAAGAUUCGUCGUGCUGCUCGUGAGCUGCUCACUCUCGAUGAGAAGGACCCCAAGCGCCUGUUCGAGGGUAACGCCCUUAUCCGCCGUCUGGUCCGUAUUGGUGUGCUCGAUGAGGCCCGUAUGAAGCUCGAUUACGUUCUUGCUCUCAAGGUCGAGGAUUUCCUUGAGCGUCGUCUCCAGACCUGUGUCUACAAGCUCGGUCUUGCCAAGUCCAUCCACCACGCCCGUGUCCUGAUCAAGCAGCGCCACAUCCGUGUUGGCAAGCAGAUCGUCAACGUGCCCUCCUACAUGGUCCGCCUCGACUCCCAGAAGCACAUCGACUUCGCCCUGACCUCUCCCUUCGGUGGUGGUCGCCCCGGUCGUGUUCGCCGCAAGAAGGCUGCUGCCGCUGCCGGCGGUGACGGUGAUGCCGAGGAGGAGGAUGAGGAGUAA